UACCGGUUAAUAACAAUGAGUCAGACAGCUGAGCCGGUUAGGUAGCAAGUUUUAGUUGAAACAUUUUCCAACCUAUAAUCGUCUUUAGUUGUGUUAGAGUGAUGGAGGAGCUGGGGGAGAACAGCGGCCGACAGGCGGAAGAACACGACGGGACAAACAGUAGAAAUGUCCCGGAGCCUGUGUGUGGGACAGGUGAGCCGGCGGGGACGGUCCCUCUGGGGCUGAGCUCCUCCAACCAGGACCAGAGGAAGAAGUUAGUGCUGCAUAUCGACCUGAACAACACCAUCCUGGUGUCGGACACUGUGAUGGGUCAGGGUGUAGUAGCUGCCCUGGAUUAUUUCAUCUCCACGGUGACCUGGGGGAAGAUGAGCAGACAAGGAAAGUGGGAAUGGCUGAGUGACUCGGCCUCCCUGCUGCCACCGUGUGAUGAUGCUGUUAGUUACCAGUCUCACUUUGGGCGGAUCCCGGGUUUUACCUCUGCUGCGGGGAGACGUUUCCGCGGGAUUCUGGAUGAGCAUCUGGAUCUGAUGCGCUGGCCAGAGGGCACCAAGGCAGACAGAGAGCUGACUGUUAAAGGAGAAGGUGGACGGCUGUACCACUGGAUCCUCCCCUCCUUCUUCCAGCUGCUCAAAGACCUGGUGCAGGAAGGACGGGAGUUUGCCAUCAUUUUUCGUUCUUUUGGAACCGACCUACCUCGUGUGCUGAGUGCUGUGUCCAGAGCGCUGAAUGAAGGAGUUCAUCCACUGUUCCCUGACCUGCCUGAUCUCAAGUUAAAUGUGAACACCACUACAGGCAAGAUCCGCUGCAGCAAGAAGGGAGUGGUCCUGACCCGGGGCCAGGACCGCAUGUCGAGUCGAGAUGGAGAAAGAGGCCUGUACCAGUACUUGAGCUCAGCCCAGGGCCUGGGGGGCUUUCAGGACCACUUUGACUGGUGGGCCAGUAAUACCUUCUCCAUCCGAGGGGGGAAGCCGUUGUGGGUCGACCCCUUUGAUCAACAUGUUCAGCACAUCUUCAUAGACGACAACAUACGACAGAACGAUGAGAAUACCAUUGUUCAUCCCAAGGUGUUCUUGGACCCGGGUGGCUCUGAGACCCGUACAGCGUUCACCUCUGAGCUCUUUGACAUCACACUGGUCCAGACCGACCUCCUGCAGGCCAUUUCUAACCCCAACUACUUCACUGAGCGCGUCCACAUCUGCCUGGAAAACUAUGAGAGGAACCUCCAGCAGGGGGCGGGCUAGAACACAGUUUGUCUGUGUGGCUCCAUCCAGUUACAGGUUCCAAACCCAGCACAGUAGGCUGCAGGUAGCGCUAUUAAACACAAAGGUUGAUGACUUAUUAAAGGUCCGGAGUUCAUCAAACCACAAAUUGAAGAAGGUUACGUAAGGAGGAAGGUUAUUUUGUUAAAUAAGGAAGGAUAUUAUUAAGUGAAGAUGGCAGCUUGAUAAGUAGGAUUUACAUCAAUCUCAAACAUUUGCAACGCCCUGACUCAUUGUGUGCUCCUCGAGGGCGGCAAAAGGGUAAAAGGGUGUCAGCUUAAACAAAGGGCACUUCACAAACAGAUUGUAGUGUCUGCUGUCCCGAGGUGAACCGCAGCACAAAGAGUUUUUGACUUGAUUUAGCACUUAAACGGCGAUGCCAGACUCUUUGAUUACAUCAAAGGCCGUGUGACUAAUAAUCACUCCACGGGAUAAUUACCCUGACUCUCUGGAAUUUGUGUCAGACAGCAUAAUUGGGGUCAGAUAUGAUUUAAAAAAAAAAAAAAAAAAACCUUCAAGUGUUGUGUUAGUUGUCUAGCAAGUAGAAUCCUCUGGGGUUUUGCUUCCUUUCAUUUAUCAUCCUCAGGGUGUGAUGAUGCUUUCAUGUAGCUUCUCUCUUAGGUUGUUUAGCUUCUAUUGUUGGUCAUCAUCUACAUUGUUUACAUCCACUCUGAAAGAUAAUUAUGGAAGAAAUAUUCUAUCUUUAUUCAAGAGUGUAGAUUUUCAGUAUGAGAGCAUGAUUGUAUUCCUUUUCAGUGAAACAGCUCCUUCUCCUGCUCACAUUUAUUCUCCUCAUCCACAUUUUCUGCUGCUAUCUUUCUAAAUGUUAUAGUUAAUGAAAACUAACUAAAUAACGAAAACUAGAAUUGAAAAAACAUUUCUGUUAACUGAAAUAAAAAUAAAAACAAGAGUUUUUUAAAAAUAUAUUAGAUAACUAACUGAAACUGUAUUUUGUGGUUACAAAACUAACUCAAACUAACUAAAUUAUAGUGAAAAUGUCCUUCGUUUUCGUCUUUGUCAACUUUUUUCAUACGUAAACCUUUUUGGUUGAUGUGAAAUCUAUUUCAUCUAUCUGGCUUUAUGACUUAAUAAACUUAUUGGGACUGAGAUGAAUCAGACAAAGGAAAUAAAGAAAACAUUUAUUGUGACUUUUCUGAAUCUCUCACCCAACAAAUACCCCAUUACAAAAAACUAAAACUAAUAAAAACUUAACUAAAACCAAGCAUUUUCCAAAAAGUAAAAACUAAUUAAAACUAACUGAAUUUGAAAACAAAAAUUGACAACGAAAUUCAAACUAAAACUGAUGAAAAAUCCAAAACUAUUAUAACCUUGGUGCUCACACUCAGAUUUCUGUUGCUUUCUUUCUAAAUGUUUGCUUGAACUCAAAAUCACAUGCUUGUGCUCACAUUUCUUCUUCUUGGCCGUUUUUGAACACUUUUGGUUUUGCCCUUCAUGUACCACAUAAUACCCAUAUUUGGUAUCCAUUUUUUCUUCACCUAUAAGGUCCGACAAUUAUUUUUUCAAUUUCACCUACUUUAUCAACAUAUUAAGCUCAAAAAUCAUGAAAUCCGAUUUGGAAAAUUUUACUUUUUACUACAAUAAAAACCACAAAUAUGCUCAAUUAACCUCUUUUGAACAUAUAAAAAGGUAAAAUUUAAAUAUAAUAAAACUAUACACAAAAAAGUCCCAUAAAAACAUGUGUAUUUAUAGGCUUUUUUUUCUUGUUAGCUGCAACUCUUCAAAACAAACUAUGUGCAAAAUUACAUAUUAUCAUUAUUAUCUAUCUUAUCAUAUAUUUGGUUUUACAUGACCUGGGAAUGUCAAUGUUGAAUGUUUUUUUGUUUAACUUCACGUGAUCUGGUCAGGACAGCACGAUCAUAGAGACUUGACUUCAAGCAAACUUUUUGAAAGAAAGCAGCAGAAAUCUGAGUGGGAGCACAAAAUGUGAUCAUGAGGAGAACAAAUCUGAGCAUGAGAAGGAGCUGUUUCACUAAAAAAGGAAUAAAAUCAUGCUCUCUAACUAAAAAUCUACACUCUUGAAUAAAGAGAGGACAUUUCUUCCAUAGAUAAUACUUGAAUGUGUCCAGAUGACUGAAAAAGAAUCUGAUUACUGAGUAUAACUUUGUAGCUGAAGGGUAAUACUUUAAGGCACUCUAUAAACACACUGUGAAGGCAUUUAAUCAGAAAAUGACUUCAGGUACUGUCUAAUGUUCUACAUGGUAAUAUCUGAGACAUAUCAUUAGGUUGAACAUGGUUUUGGGAUGUGGUUUUAUUAUUUGAAAGCAUCAUUGUACAGAAGCCCUUGGAGGCAAGUGAGGAAAGAAAUCUGGUGAUUAAUUUUCUAAGUCUGUUCUAAAGAAGAGGAGCUUUUUAUCUUUCUCCGUUCCUUAAUUUAUAUAUUUUUCACCUGUGGGGAAAAACAGAUUGAAAACUGAAAAACAUAUGUUGAUUGUGACAAAAAAAAGAAGUUUUUAACCACCAGUAACUUUUCUCGCCUGCCUCUUAGGGCUUCUGUACGUUUUUGUGACACACUGAAUAAGUUGAAUUUGUGUGGAAGGUAUGGUAAUUUUUUUGAUUUUUAAGGGUUUUAGGAUUUAUUUAUUGUUAAGCUUUCAGGGAGAUUUUUAAUUCUAUUUUCUCAGGUCAAAUUUUACAGAGACGGCUGAAUGCAAACACUAUCAGUAACAUAAAGAUAAGACGGAACUUUUACAGGAUAUAUAUUAGGGCUAGGCAAUAUGGACUAAAAGUCAUAUCCCAAUAUAUUUAGGCUGAAUAUCAAUAUAAGAUAUAUAUCACGAUAUUUUUCUUUUUUAUUGCAAAGUGAGAGCAAACAUUCAGUCAAAGGCAAAGCGAAAUAUGACAUGUCACAAGUAGUUUUAUUGAAACUGUUUGUUUACGUGAAUAUAAAUACCGUAUAACAACAGGAGGAUCUUUUUAAAAAAAAAUCAAAGCUCCAUAAAGUGCACAUUUAAAUAAAAAAAUAUCUUAAAUAAAAGCCGCAGCUUGCCUGGAGCAAGGAUCACAGUGCAAAUUUGAACUAUAUCGAUAUAUGCGACAUGGUCUAUUUCCAUAUCACAUUUAAAAUUUUUGCCCAGCCCUAAUAUGUAUCGAGUAUGGAUUUCUUUAAAUGGAGAACAUGCAAGUGAAUACAUUGGUAAGAAAAAGGCAAAGGCAAAGCUUGGGGGUGGUUACAAUACAGUAUUUAUUAUUGCUUUGGCUUAGUUUCAGUGUGCAAAACACAAAAUGCUCAUCCUGGCCUCCUAAAAAUUCUACUCCGUUAUAAUUAAACUGCAUACUCAAUUGGGUUCCAAGGAAACAUAUUCUGUUCCAGAUUACAUUUGUUGACCAUUCACAAAUAUGUUUUCCAAUAAAAGCCCCAACUCUGCAUAGAGAGGAGCUUGGGGCGGAUGUAUGGGUCAAACCAACGGAGCUUUUACCCAAGAGGCCGCUAUAGUCUUUAUAAACCUAACCAAAUAGCUUUGCUUUAAUUCACAAUGCUAACCAUGUGUUUAAAACUGUAGCGGGAGAAAAAAGAUUCCCUAGAAACCUUAUUUAAAAUGCAGUUAACAGGGACGUGAUUGCUAAGAGACUCACUUGAAAUGAAACAAUCUGUUUCAUUAGGUCAUACAGUAGGUUUGUCAGAGCAUAAUCACAACAUCAAAUAUGUAAGUCUUUGAAAUGUAAACAUUGUCUUUCAUUGUAUUUCAAAAUAACGUGAUCAUUAUGAUAGUGCUGUCAAACCCUAUCAGAACAGUCUGCAGUGCUCAUUUUAGCAUCAUACUCUGAAAAGCCCACGUCAACUGGAGGGAAAAAAUUCUGCACCACAAUAUGCAACCAAGGGCUGAAACUCUAACAAAAUGCCUAUAGCAACUAAAAACAUCACAUUUAAGCAUGUCAAAGGAUUAUUUUAGCACCUUAUUUGCAACAGAGAGGGCAAGCUAGCUGUUAGCAAGCUAAUGUUAGCUACAGUCAUU